ACGUAUGAGGUUCCACGUGAAGUUGAGCACACAUGAUCGUCAAACCACCUAACAAUUGCUCGCUCAUCAAUUUUCCUUUACCUUUUUCUCACACUCUGGAUCUGGGCAUGUUAUUUUCUAAACUAAACCGAAGUUUUCCAACAAGACUCAGUAGACACUUCUCUCUUUCAGCCCCAACAUUCUUAAAAGACAAUCAGACAUCCAUAGGAAUCUCAAGUAUUAAACCCCACAAUUACAGAAUUUCCGUUUUCAUGAAAAAUGGGCUUAUCCAAGAAGCCCAGAAUCUGUUUGACAAAAUGCCUCAGAAGAACGUUGUUACGUGGAAUACCAUGAUUCGCGGGUACUUUCUGAACGGGUUUUUCAGUAAAGCCAUUGCUAUGUUCCAGGAGACGCCAGAACGCGAUAUUUUUACGUGCAACAUAGUGAUUUCAGGGCUCAUGCAUGACCAUGAUGUGCAAGGUGCAAGGCAGGUUUUCGAAGGGAUGGUUUGUAGAGAUGUGGUGACAUGGAAUGCUAUGAUUGGAGGGUAUUUUAUAAAUGGAAUGUUGGAUAAAGGGUUGAAGAUUUUUGAGGAGAUGCCCGUGAAAGAUGUUAUAUCUUGGAACUUGGUCAUUGAAGGGCUUGUGAAAUGUGGAAAGCUUGACUUGGCUGAAGAGUAUUUUAAAAGAAUGAGUUAUAGAGAUGUUGCUUCAUGGACUGUUAUGAUUUCAGGGCUUGCAAAAGCUGGAAGGAUGGCUGAUGCUUGUAAAUACUUUGAAGAGAUGCCAGUGAAGGAUGUUCGUGCGUGGAAUGUAAUCUUAGAGGGUUAUAUAGGGAUUGAGUGUGUUGACUUAGCAGAAAGUAUUUUUCAUGAAAUGCCUGGGAAGGAUUUGGAUUCCUGGAAAUUGUUAAUAAAUGGGUUGGUUAGAUGUAGAAGAUUAGUAAAUGCUUUGGGUUAUUUCAUGAAAAUGCCCACAAAAUGUUGUAAAACAUUGAACUCAAUCUUGUUGGGGUUGAUAAGAAAUGGACAUGUCAAGGAAGGUCAUGCAUUUUUGGAGAAACAACCGUAUAACAAUGUUGUUUCUUGGACGAAUGUUGUUGUUGGAUACUUUGGAAUAGGUGAGGUUAGGAGUGCGGUUAAAGUUUUCGAAUCGAUGCCAAUUCGAGAUGUGACCAUGUGGAAUGUGAUGAUAUGUGGACUAGGAGAAACUAAUUUUGGUGAAGAAGGAUCUAAGUUUUUCAUCAGAAUGAAGGAAUCGGGUUUUCACCCUGAUGAAGCUACAUUUACUAGCAUUCUCACCAUCUGUUCGAAUUUGCCAAGCUUAGACCUCGGAAACCAGAUUCAUGCGCAGGUAGUUAAAUCAGGUUUAAAUCAUUUCACCGCCAUUUCAAAUGCAUUGGUCACUAUGUAUGAAAGAUGUGGCAACAUGCACUCUGCUUUGCUCGAGUUCAUUUCCAUGCAGAGACAUGACGUUAUUUCUUGGAAUUCUAUAAUAUGCGGAUUCGCUCACCAUGGAAAUGCUGAAAAAGCUCUCGAGAUGUUUGAACGAAUGAGAUUAACUGAUGUUAAGCCUAACCACAUAACUUUCAUCGGUGUAUUAUCUGCCUGCAGCCAUGCUGGUCUGAUUGACAAAGGUAAAUACUACUUUGAUUAUAUGAAAAGUAAAUGCUCUCUUCAGCCAACAACAGAGCAUUAUACUUGUAUUGUGGAUCUGUUGGGAAGAUUCGGACUCAUAGAUGAGGCAAUGAGUUUUCUUAAUCAAAUGAGAGCCGAUGGUAUUGAAGUUCCGGCUAGUGUUUGGGGAGCUUUGCUUGGAGCCUGCAGAAUCCAUAAUAACAUGGAGUUGGGGGUGAUAGCUGCUGAGAGAGUUUUGGAAAAGGAACCUCGUAACUCAGGCAUAUACUUAAUAUUAGCUGAAAUGUAUCUUUCUUGUGGACGGAGAGAUGAGGCCGAGAGCAUUCGAGCUCGCAUGGAGGAGAAGGGGGUGAGGAAGCAACAGGGCCGUAGUUGGGUUGAGGUAAACAAUAGCAGCUAAGAGAACUUGAUCAUAUUGUGACCCUAUUUAUUCUCAAACCAGUGGAGUAUUUUCUAUCUUUUUCCACGCAUUUUAGCUUUCAGUGAAAAAUCAUGAAAGCUUCUAAGGCAAAUCCCAAAGCUCACAUUUGUUUAAAUCAGCCUCAUCAAUGGUGAUAGCAUAGAAUUUGGAACUGAGAACGUUUGGUAAAGAUAUCAAGUUAUUAAUUCUUCGGC